GCGGGGCAAGGCCGACUCCUCAAGCUUCUCUGGCGACGACGCGCAGGAGAAGUCACAAGGACUCGAUCCCUACUGCGCUGAGUAGGACCUUUUAUGCGGGAAAGAUAGCACGGACAGGGAAGGUCUCUAAGUAUGAGGAAACCCAGGCAACCUACUUCCACAGAUAUAAAAUUCUCCCCGUUUCACCAAACCCCAAAAAGUGUCUCCAGGUAAGCUCCGCUAGCUUUGGGGGUUCAGCUCCGGACCUUACUCCCUUCUCGGAAGCACGUUUUCCCCGAGGACAAUAAGACACGAACCUCUUCCGGCUGUGAAACAUGGCGGCGCCCAUUGGAAGGACCACAUUUGGGAGCGGGACCAUAAGGCACUUCCGUCCGGGUUCAGCUCUUCCGCGAGCUCGGGACGCGGGCUUCAGGCAUGGGGUUAGAUGGUCUGGCGCGGCUGCAUGGGCUCUUCGCCGUCUACAAGCCCCCGGGGCUAAAGUGGAAGCAUCUGCGCGAUACCGUGGAGCUGCAGCUUUUGAAAGGUCUCAAUGCUGGGAAGCGACCUGCCUCUGAACAUCGUGUUCGCUUCCUGCUGGGCCCCGUGGAAGGCAGUGAAGAGAAGGAGCUGACCCUCACAGCCACCAGUGUGCCCACCCUCGUCGACCAUCCGCUGGUACGUGGACCAGCAUUCACCAGCCUGAAGAUUGGCAUGGGGCACCGACUGGAUGCCCAGGCGUCUGGGGUGCUUGUGCUCGGCGUGGGACGUGGACGAAGGCUCCUCACCGACUUGUACAACGCUCACCUCACCAAGGAUUACACAGUACACGGCCUCCUGGGCAAAGCCACAGACGACUUCUGUGAGGACGGGCGGCUGGUGGAGAAGACGACGUACGACCACGUGACCAGAGAGAAGCUGGAGCGAAUCCUGGCCCUGAUCCAAGGUUCCCAUCAGAAGGCUCUGGUGAUGUACUCCAACGUUGACCUACAGACCCAGGAGGCCUAUGAGAUGGCCGUGAGCGGCGUGAUCCGGCCCAUGAACAAGUCCCCGAUGCUGAUAACUGGCAUCCGAUGCCUCCAGUUUGUGCCUCCAGAAUUCCUCUUAGAGGUGCAGUGCAUGCAUGAGACGCAGAAGCAGCUGCGAAGGCUGGUGCACGAAAUUGGCCUGGAACUGAAGAGCACUGCUGUCUGCACCCAGGUGCGGCGUACACGCGAUGGUUUCUUCACCCUGGACGAUGCCCUCCUAAGGACCCAAUGGGACCUACCCAGCAUCCAGGAUGCCAUCCAGUCCGCAGCACCCCGAGUGGCAGCAGAGCUGGAGAAGAACUGGAGGCUGGGGCUGGGCACCCAGCAGCCCUCCAGUCCAGGCUGGCCCUGGGACUCCGAGGGGCCAAGCUCUGCCUUGGGGCUGGAGAGCCAUACGGGACAUUGAAAGGCCAGGCAGCUGGUGGAGUAGUGGGUGUAUAAAGAUAAGAAUUGUUCGUGAGCCAGAACUGAUGACUGUGCAGAACAUGGCGGGGGCGGGGGGCGGGAGCUUUUUAACACGUGACAGAAAACUCUGAAGCUGUAAGAGAAAAGAUCAACAGGGACUUCCCUGGUGGUCCAGUGGUUAGGACUUGGUGCUUUUGCUGCCAGGGCCCCGGGUUCAAUCCCUGGUCAGGGAACUAAGAUCCUGCAAGCUGCAUGGCACGGCCAAAAAAAAAAAAAAGAUCAACAGACUUGGCCUAGUUAAAAAGAAAAAGACUUCUGUACAGAGGAAAAGAUGCUAAACGAAUGACAGACUGAUAAAAAUAUUUGUUAUAUAUUUAAGAACUAAUAUCUAUAAUAUAUAAAGAGCUCUUAUAAAACAAUAAAAAAAGAUGACAAGAAAAUGGGUCAAAUGACAUGAAUUGUGUGUUAUACAGCAAAAGAAAUCCAAAUGGCCAGUAAACCUGAAAUGAUGCUCAACCUCUCUAAUAAUGAAAGACAUUCAGAUGAAAAUGAGAUGACUUUUCCUUGCCUUUCAAAUAAAUUAAGAAAAGAUAACACCCAGUAUUGGGGAGGAUGUGAGAAGAUGGGCAAUCUGUACUGUUGGUAGGAAUAUACAACUGUGUAACCUUUUAGGAGUAAUUUGGUAGCAUGUAUCAACAUUUAAAAUAUUCCUGCCCUGGGGAAUUCCCUCGUGGUCCAGUGGUUAGAAUUCAGCACUUUCACUGCCGUGGCCCAGGUUCAAUCCCUGGUCAGGGAACUAAGAUCCCGCAAGCCUCACAGCAUGGCCAAAAUACAAUAGAGUAAAAUAAAAUCAAAUACUCUUGCCCUAACCAACAAGGACCUACUGUAUAGCACAGGGAACUAUACUCAAUAUUUUUAAUAACCUAUAAGGGAAAAGAAUACAAAAAAGAAUAUAUAUAACUGAAUCACUUUGCUGUACACCUGAAACUAACACCACAUUG